UUUUUCGACUUUUGUUCUUUUAGUGGAAUGAAGUCCAUCUUUUACUGGGUUAGUUUUUUUGCGUGCUUCUUUAUCACUGGUUCGUGGGUUUUGUAAGUCUUGCAAGUGUAUGUUUUCUUGAACCCGUUUGAACCUUCUUUUUUUUUUUCCCUCCCUUUCUGAGAUCAUGAGAGAUGUGUAUGUAAUUGGGGAAAAAAGGGUUUUGUCUUCAAUACUUCGAUUUUCAGAUUAUUUUCAAGGAAAAGGAUCAAAACUGUAGGAAACAUGCAUCUGUAGGUUUUUUCUACUCCCUUUUUUUUUUUUAUUAAUUAUUAUGAUUUUAAAUUAUUUACUCCUUAUUUUUUUUGCUUGUGGGGGUUUGAAUAUAGCAGGUAGGAGAAAAUUUUCUUUCUAAAUGGAGGAAGAUUUUUAGAAGGUUAUUUACUCCUUAGUUUCUUUCUAAUCCCAUAGGACGAGUGAUUCCCGGAAUAGUAAUGAUGAGAUUACCAUCCUGCAUUCCAAUAUAUUGUAUUUUUGAAGUUUUAUGGUAAUAGUUUACAAAGAAUAUGUAAUCUCUUUACUAAUUGUGAUGUUUCAAUCACGCCCAUGAGAUUCAUCCCAUGAUAAUCUCUCGAACCAAACAGGCCCCUAAUGAAUUGGAAUGGAAAAUUAUGGAACUUUACCAAAUGGGUCCAGCCAUAUUGGCAUUUUGGGCUCAGUUAAAUCUGACUCGAAAGAACUUCUGAAGGACCUUGAAUAGAUCAUUUCCCUUAGUUUUCUUAAUCUUUGGGAUAAGAGAUGGUAGCUGAAUCAUGGUUUCGGAGUCUAUGGAAACCUCAGCGGAAACGUGAAGGUGGGCCUGUGGCAGUCAUUGGAGUGUUGGCGUUUGAAGUAGCAAGCUUAAUGUCGAAGCUUAUUUACCUCUGGAAAUCUUUGAGUGAUAAGCAUGUCGUUAAGUUUAGGGAGGAAAUCACAAACUCGGUGGGCAUUAGGAAGCUUGUUUCGGACGACGACGAUUACAUCAUUGGUCUAAUAUGCUCAGAGACGAUGGAGAACUUAGGGCAUGUGGCAAGAGCUGUUUCCAGGUUGGCAAAGAAGUGCAAUGAUCCCUCUUUGAAGAGUUUUGAGCAUGUCUUUAAUGAGCUAAUCAAGAUUGGCGUUGACCCUUACGGGUGGCAAUUUACGUGGAGGAAGAUGGAUAGAAAAGUUAAGAAGAUGGAGCGGUUCAUUUCUGCCAAUGGAAAUUUGUAUCAGGAGAUGGAGUCCCUUUCGGAGCUUGAACAUACUCUGAGGAGACUGAAGGGUAAUGCUGAAUCAGAUAGCAUUACUUUGGUUGAAUAUGAGAAAAGGGUCGCUUGGAAACAACAAGAAGUGAAGCAAUUAAAGGAGAUAUCUUUGUGGAACAGGACCUAUGAUAAUGCAGUUCGCCUUUUGGUGAGAUCGUUGUGCACUAUAUAUGAAAGGAUUGGUCAUGUUUUUGGAAUUGGUGAAAUGGAUGAUUUGAAAAUCCAAGACUCUGGAGGUCUGGAUUCUGAUUUCAUUCGUCGAAGUCACUCAGUUUCUGUAUUGACGCAGCAGUCUUCAGUUCACCCAUCUGAGAAUAGUUCUAUUCCUAGGUUCUCUUCAGAUUCCUUGGGGAGUCUGACUACUAAAUCUGGUCCAAUUACAAGAACGAAUAUAAAAGCUAAUUUUUAUUCAGGUCCUCUUGGAAACUCAGUUACCGCAUCAAACCCAAGAAAGAAUAAAUUCAUGAACUUCUUUUCGGGUCCUCUUGGAAGAUCAACAACGAAAUCUGGGCCAUUGGCUAGAACAAAGAAUACUGUUCUCAAGUUGUGGCAGAGUCGUGAUCUCUUAUCGAUGCUUCAAGGACAGAACCCACUUAAAAAAACCAGUCAUUCAACUCCGGGGGGAGCUUUUAAAGGAUGCAUAACGGGCGGAGACAGUUCUCACGUAAAGAAUAGCUACGUAGUAUCAAGUAGUGUGCAGUCGGGAAUUCUUAGUAGCAGCGGCAGCUUACCUCAGAAUAAUAAUCAACCAAUCAUCAAUUCCAAGCACAGAUAUUUGAAUGCACCUUCUGGAACACUUGGUGCUGCUGCUUUAGCGCUUCACUAUGCAAAUGUCAUUAUAGUAAUUGAGCGGCUAGUGGCAGCUCCUCAUUUGAUUGGUCAUGACGCGAGAGAGGACUUGUACAAUAUGUUGCCAGCUAGUGUAAGGGACUCCCUUCGGACAAGGCUAAAGCCAUAUGCCAAGAGCUUGACUUCAUCGAUCUAUGAUACAGUUCUCGCGGGAGAGUGGACGGAGGCUAUGUCAGGAAUACUAGAAUGGUUAGCUCCACUUGCCCAUAACAUGAUUAGGUGGCAGUCUGAGAGGAGUUUUGAGCACCAGAACCUAGUUUCCAGGACCAAUGUGCUUCUAGUCCAAACGCUUUAUUUUGCUGAUCAAGAAAAAAUUGAAGCUACGAUUACUGAACUUCUGGUUGGUUUAAACUAUGUGUGGAGAUUUGGCAGAGAGCUCAAUGCCAAAGCUAUAUUGGACUGUGGCAGUGAUAGAACAUUCGAUAGUUCUUUGGAGGUUGAUGGGUAAUAAAAUUUUCGACUUGUGGCUAUCUCCAAAAGCAUUGUAGUUGAGGCUUUUCUGGUUCUGGUAAAUCGGGGGGAAUUCAGUAUAUGGGACAAAGGUUCCAGGAGGUGGCCUCUUCUCGACACGUUUUGAGUGACUAUGGCAAAUGUGGAAUAGUUGCUUAUACUCGAUUGGGUUUCUUCGUACUACUGCAGUUGGGCACUGGGAUUCUCGUUACCUUAGGUGAGAACUGAGACUUCACCUUUAGCCACUCAAUUUGGCUGUGCUGUUUCCUUUUUAAAUAGAAUCCACGUCUCAUUAUUAAGCUCUUUAUUGCAUGAGAUCAUAAUUAGUGGUGAGACUCAUUGUGUAUUGUUGUAAAUUUACUUCCUAUUGCCAAAGGGCUUUCUUUCCUAUAUAGAUAUAGAAAGAUAAGAUGAAGCUUGGUAUUCUAUCUUCAA